GGGAGGGUUAAUGAUUUUUCAGGAAAAAUAUACCCUUGUAGUUUUUGUAAAUAAUAUUUGCAUCUGCUCAUCUCCUACCUUUACACCCUUCUUGUUAUAGAUAAAAUGCCAGGUCCACCUAAGAAAAGAUACCGAAGGACUCCUAGUCCUAAAUCUGGAACUGAUGAGGAGGACUACCAGCCUUAUAUACCUGUCAGGGAGCGUAAAAAGCAGCAAUUAGUAAAGCUAGGUCGUCUUCAACAAGUACAGGUAGAAGAGAAGAGUGGGAGAAAUUUUUCUCCGAGCUCUGGAACUGCAACGGAGGAGGACGAGGAGAAAGAAGAGGAAGUACCAAUCUCUGUCAGUGUUGAGCCGAAGGUUGAGACCAAGAAGGUUGAGACGAAAGAGCUGUGGCGAGCUGAGGAGGAGUUCCUGGAGAAGAACAAAAACGUGUCCCUGCUGGAGCAGCAUAAGGAGCUCCAGGAGAUAGCAGAUCAGAGAAAGGAAACUAAUAUUGAGAAGAUGAGAAGAGAAGAGGAUCGGAUUCUUCAGUCUGUAGGAGAGAGUACAGCUCUGAAGGGUGUAUCUGAGUUAGCCAUGGGAAUAGAGUACACAGAACCAAUUAAAACAUCCUGGAAACCUCCAAGGUAUAUUCAGAGUAUGCCUAAGGCGAGGCAUGACCGUGUCUGGAAAAAAUAUGGCAUUGAUGUCGAAGGGAUUGAUCCUCCCCCACCACUCAAAUCCUUCAAGGAUAUGAAACUUAACAAGGUUAUGGUUGAUACCCUGACUAAAAGGAAAAUAGAGAAUCCUACUCCUAUACAGAUGCAGGGUUUGCCGACUGUACUAUCUGGACGGGAUCUGAUCGGUAUAGCCUAUACCGGAAGCGGGAAAACCCUAGUCUACGUUCUCCCCAUCAUUAUGUUCUGCUUGGAGCAGGAGGCGCGGUUACCCUUUGCUAGGGACGAGGGACCUUAUGGUCUAAUCAUUGUUCCGAGCAGAGAACUUGCAAAACAGAUUCAUGAGAUUAUAGAGGGGUUUACGAAAGAUCUGACCAAGAACGGUAUGCCACAGUUACGAACAUGUUUGGCUAUCGGAGGGAUGCCAACAAGUGAAGCUGCUGACGUGAUCAGAAGCGGAGCUCACAUGAUGGUUGCUACUCCUGGUCGACUUAUGGACAUGCUUAACAAGAAGAUGGUCACUCUGGAUGUUUGCAGGUAUUUAUGUUUGGAUGAGGCGGACCGAAUGAUAGAUAUGGGGUUCGAAGAUGACGUUAGAACAAUAUUUUCAUAUUUCUCUGCACAGAGACAAACCCUGCUCUUCUCCGCAACUAUGCCAAAGAAGAUUCAAAACUUUGCAAGAUCCGCCCUAGUCCAGCCUAUCCUGGUUAAUGUUGGUCGAGCUGGUGCAGCCAGCAUGAAUAUUAUACAGGAAGUAGAGUUCGUACAACCGGAAGCAAAGAUUGUGCAUAUAUUAGAUUGCCUGAAGAAGACGUCUCCUCCUGUUUUAAUUUUUGCAGAAAGAAAACAGGAUGUAGACACUAUUCAUGAAUAUUUACUUCUUAAGGGCUGCCAGGCAGUUGCUAUUCAUGGUGGAAAGGAUAUGGAGGAAAGAAUACGAUCCCUGUCUCUCUUCAAAACAUUCAAGAAAGAUAUUCUAGUUGCAACUGAUGUAGCAAGUAAAGGUCUAGAUUUCCCUGAGAUACAGCAUGUUAUCAACUAUGAUAUGCCAGAGGAUAUUGAAAACUAUGUCCACAGGAUUGGAAGAACAGGUAGAGGGAAGAACACAGGAAUAGCGACAACUAUGAUUAACAGUAAGGUGGACGAGGCUGUCCUCUCCGACCUCAAACAUCUGCUCAUUGAAGCUAAACAGAAGUUGCCGCCGUUCCUGGCCUCCAUACAGACAGAGGCUGACGUCAUGAAUGAAUAUAUGGGAGAUGGUGGUUGUUCUUACUGUGGUGGUCUUGGGCAUAGGAUUACGGCAUGUCCUAAACUGGAAAAUGUGCAGAACAAGAAGGCCGGGGAGGUCGGGAAGAAGGACUACCUUGCCAGCAAUGCUGCCGACUACUAGAUUUGUAGGACUUUCUGUCUUCAGACUAUUGAUUGUUUACAAGGUCUUCAUGUUCUGGCUAAAAGAUUGUAUUCUGAAGACACGAGUCAGCAUAAAAAUUGCUUGGUGGAGAUCCAUUCUUAUAUUCACUCUGUUUACCUGUAAUUAAAGAAACCAAUAAAUAGAAAUACUUUUUUCAGA